AUGAAGGCUACUAUACGGCCGUUUAUAAAGGCACAAGCUCUCUCCCAAUAUACCAGGCGUCAAGUCGUCUUUCAAUCUCAAUGUGUUUCCUCCGUCAUAGUGAAGGUCAAGAAUGCCUCUACAACGCCAACUACUACUGACGGACGGACAAACGAAACUACUCCAAGAGCCAUACUAGCCCGCCCUAAGAGACUGGAAGUCCCUCUACCCAGUCAGGGAGAAGAACCUACACCUCUCCGGCACAUACUGACCAAGUUCGACCAAGUGGCAAACUGGGCCCGUCAAGGCUCCUUAUGGCCCCUGACCUUCGGCCUCGCAUGCUGUGGCGUAGAAAUGAUGGCCGUCUCCAUGCCCCGCUACGACCUGGAUCGCAUGGGUAUAAUUUACCGUGCCUCGCCCCGCCAGGCAGAUGUGCUUAUUGUUUCGGGCACGGUGACCAACAAGAUGGGUCCAGCCCUGAGACUGCUAUACGACCAGAUGCCGGACCCGAAUUCCUGUGGAUGUGUAUGUGCCUGGUUGUCCGCCGACGGCAGAAGCGUUUCUGUAUGGGAUUUUGCAGUUGAAGAAGAAGAUUGCGAGACAGAGGACGACGAGGAUGUGGUAUAG